AUGAAAUAUUAUAUAAAGCAGCAGCAACAUACUGGUAGUGGUGUUAUAAACACUUUAGUAAACAAAUUACCAUUUGAGUUACAUUUACCGGUAUAUAAUUACUGUGGACCAGGACCUAAAUUAAAUGAACGUUUAGAACGCGGUGACAAAGGUGUUAACAUGUUAGAUGAGGCGUGUAAAGAACAUGAUAUAGCAUAUUCAGAGAGAAAUGAUUUAUCUGAUCGUCAUGAGGCUGAUAAAACAUUACUAAAAGCAGCUCUAAGUAGAACUACUUCAAACGAUGCUUUAUGGAAAGAAAAACUAGCAGCAUUAGGUGUUUCAACUGCAAUGCACACCAAGUUAAAGUUGGGUAUGGGAUUGAAUAAAUUGACAAAUAAAAAUAAAAUUUGUUCAUUCAAAUCUGAACAUCAACAGAGUUCAAAGAUAAUAGAGCAAAUUAUAAAAUAUAUGCAAGUUUAUUUGAAAAAAAUUGAACUAUUGAAAGAUAAACAUCGAAAAUUGUUACAGCAAAAGACUAAAAAUACAAUUACAAAAAAACAAAGUAAACAAAAGAAUAAAAGCUGUAAAGAUAAAGUUCUUCGAGUGAAAUUAGAUAGUAAAAAUCGUAAAUUUGAAAUAAAAAAGAGUAAGUGUUAUGAUAAUGAAGAUGGCAAUGUUGAUGAUUUAAAUAAAAACCAACAGCUUCCUAUUUAUAAUUAUCAUGAAAAGAAAAUUCAACACAAAAUUAAGAGAAGCAAUCAUGUACAAAGUAAAGAAAAAAAGCAAGAACCGUUGACUGAAAUUAUAAAAAAGGUAAAAAACGUAGAAUUUUCGAGGAUGAUGAUCAUGAAAUGGAUUUAA